UCUACAUUUGUUUGGAAAAACACACAGCAGAAUGGAUAAGUUCAGUCAGGGGCAUGUAGAGUUAUACAUUCACUUGCAUUUCAACCAGUGGCUCAGGGGGACUGUUGCAUGAUAACCUCAAACACUGGAUUCUUCUUGCUUUGGAUGAGAAGUCAGAGUCUGAGGUCGUGGAGGCCUGAGUGAUGGGAUCAUAUCCAGCUCUGGCGUUCGUUCUGCUGUUUACAGCAACUCUGGCCUCCAGUUGUGAUGGUGGAAAAGUGCUGGUUUUCCCUAUAGAUGGGAGCCACUGGCUGAACAUGAAAAUCCUGGUAGAGGCACUUCAUUCUCGGGGCCAUCAAGUCACAGUAAUACGUACCUCAACCAGCUGGUACAUUUCUGAAAUCUCACCCUAUUACACCUCUAUUACCAUCACCCUGGAGGACCCUCCAAGCAUUGAGAGCCAAGACCACAUGACCUCUUUCUUGAAGAGGUCACUAGAGAUUCGUCGGAAUAAAGGCUCACUAUGGGCGUUUAUAGAUUUUUAUCAGAUCCUUUUUGACCUGAUGGGACAGAACCAGAGAGCUAUGGCAAAAAUGGUCAUCAGUAUCUUUGAGAAUAACACACUGGUUAAGGAGAUGAGGGAAUCUGGAUAUGACCUUCUUCUGGCUGACCCUGCAUUUCCAGGUGGAGUGCUGUUGGCGCACCAUCUCCAACUUCCCUUGGUUCUCAAUGUGCGCUGGCUUUUCAAUGGAGAGGCACACUUCACUAUUGCUCCUUCUCCCUUGUCUUACGUCCCCCAAUUGUUCUCCCAUUACUCUGACAAGAUGGACUUUUUUCAAAGGAUCAAUAACAUAAUCUAUCACAGCAUAUUAGUUUAUAUGUACCACUAUAUCACAAAUCCACCUUACCAGGCUGUGUGUGAUAAGUAUUUUGGACAUGAUGUCAGUGUCAUGUCUCUCGUUCAGGGAGCAGAUCUCUGGCUAAUGCGGAUUGACUAUACAUUUGAGUUUCCUCGGCCCACCAUGCCCAAUGUCGUCUACAUCGGAGGGUUUCAGGGUAAGCCCUCCAAGCCUCUUCCAUCAGAUUUAGAAGAAUUUGUGCAGAGCUCUGGUGAACAUGGGGUGGUUGUUAUGACUCUGGGGACCCUGCUGGGCGACCUUGGACCUGAGAUAUCAGAGAUCAUUGCCUCAGCAUUUGCUAACCUUCCUCAGAAAGUCAUAUGGAGAAACAUAGGGGAAAGACCUGUCACACUGGGGAACAACACCAUGCUGGUUGAUUGGCUGCCUCAGAAUGAUUUACUAGGUCAUCCUAAAACCAAGGUUUUUGUCACACAUGGAGGCACUAACGGCAUUUACGAGGCCAUCUACCAUGGUGUCCCAGUGCUGGGCAUGCCCCUCAUCUUUGACCAGUUCGACAACAUGGUGCGUUUGAAGGCCCGAGGAGUAGCUGAGAUGGUUGAAGUGACAAUGAUGGAUGUUGAGUCGCUGACAAGUGCUCUGAAGAAUAUUCUAGACCCAGAAAAGCCCUACAAACAGAAUAUGCUCAAACUGUCACAGCUUCAUCAUGACAAACCUAUAAAACCUAUGGACAGUGCCAUUUUCUGGAUGGAGUACGUCAUGAGGCACAAGGGCGCAGCACAUCUGCGCACUGAGUCAUACAAGUUGCCAUGGAAUGCCUAUCACUGCUUGGAUGUGAUGGCAGUCUUUGUAGCAUUUGGUCUGUUAAUCAUCGCAUUAGUUUGGGUUUCCUGUAAAUGUCUCAUUAGACGAUUUAUACGGACCAAGAAGUCCAUAUUCAAGUCUAAGAGUGAAUAAGUAACUCAAUGAGAAAUAAAGCAAGAGACUUUAAUAAUGAGAUAAAACUGAGCAGUAAUUUACAGUACUACUGAGUCUACAGAAUACCAACAGGGACCAAUAUAUUACACAGCACUUAAAUGAAAAUAUUAUUUGGAAUGUGUUGAAAAUUCAAAAUCUUUAACACCAGUAUAAAAAUUAUGUUUUAAAUUUUUACUUUUGAAAAAAAAAAAUCAACAAUUGAUCUCAGCAAAUUUUGCAUACAGUGAUUAAAGUGUAAUCUAAAUCAGUUUAACAAUGUCACAUUUUUCUCUUAAUUUGUACAUUGCAAUGCCUGGGAUUCUCUACAACAAUAAAAACUGUAGGACUUUU